AAGCCCCUUUUUAAUUGAGGCUGUCAGGCUGAGCCCGCGAUGGAGCGAGCGGGACAACGCGGCGGUUCUUGCAGCAGCAGCAGCAGCAGCGCCUCAAACCGAACCAAGUGAAAGCAGCCUUUCCCGGGGAGGAGGAGCAGCCUCGAGAGCCUGGCGAGCGCCUUCCUCGCCUCCCCCAUCCCAGAAGCACGAGCAGAGCCAGGCUCUUCUCCCCCGCUCCCUCCCGCCUUCUGCUCCUGCAAGUGGAAGGAAACGUCUCUCUGCUGCAGGCGAGGAAAUCGAGGGGAACGCGGACGACGAUCCGCUUGGAGCGCUUGGAUCUCCAAAGCAGCGCGGGCUCCUUUGCCGGAUCUCUCUUUCUCCCCCUCUCCCUUUAAAACUAACUCUUUUGCUUCUUGGGUGAUUUGGACAGUAGGCUGCAGAGGGCAUUCCGCUCUCUCUCUCUCUCUUUCACCCCAUCCGCGCCGCGACAGUGAUUUGUUUUCCACGCGCGGCCGCUCUCCUCCUCCGCUCCCCCCCGCGAUUUUGCCCUCCCCACCCCUCCCCCCCUCCCUUGCGAUCCUCAUGAAAAAUCACAUCUGGGGCAGCACCCCGCGGGCUCCCAUGGCUGCGGCGAUGCCGUGGAAGAGCGCGGAGUGGCUGCAGGAGGAGCUGGAGUCGAGCGGGGGCAGCUCGCUGCUGCUGCUCGACUGCCGCCCGCACGAGCUCUUCGAGUCGUCGCACAUCGAGACCGCCAUCAACCUGGCCAUCCCGAGCCUGAUGCUCCGGCGCCUCAAGAAGGGCAACCUGCCCAUCCGCUCCAUCAUCCCCAACAACGAGGACAAGGAACGCUUCGCCAAGCGCUGCAAGGCGGACACCGUCCUGCUCUACGACGAGGCCACGGCCGAGUGGCAGCAGGACAGCGGCGCCCCCAGCUCUGUCCUCGGGCUCCUGCUGCAGAAGCUGCGCGACGACGGCUGCAAGGCGUUCUACCUGAAAGGUGGAUUCAACAAAUUUCAGACAGAAUACUCGGAGCAUUGUGAAACCAAUCUUGACACUUCAUCUCCUACCAACUCUCCUCCUACAUCGGUCCUUGGUCUCGGAGGCCUGAGGAUCAGCUCUGAUUGUUCGGAUGGGGAAUCGGACAGGGAGCCUAGCAGUGCCACGGAAUCCGAUGGGAGCCCGGUCCCAAACAACCAGCCGGCCUUUCCUGUCCAGAUUCUUCCCUAUUUGUACCUGGGUUGUGCCAAAGAUUCCACCAACUUGGACGUCUUGGGCAAAUACGGCAUCAAGUACAUCCUGAACGUUACUCCCAACCUCCCCAACAUGUUUGAGCACGACGGAGAAUUCAAGUACAAACAGAUUCCCAUCUCGGAUCACUGGAGUCAGAAUCUCUCCCAAUUCUUUCCCGAGGCCAUUGCUUUCAUUGAUGAGGCCCGUUCAAAGAAAUGUGGCAUUUUGGUUCACUGCCUAGCCGGCAUCAGCAGGUCUGUAACGGUAACUGUUGCCUAUUUAAUGCAAAAGCUCAACCUGUCUCUCAAUGAUGCCUAUGACUUUGUCAAAAGGAAAAAGUCCAACAUUUCCCCAAACUUUAACUUCAUGGGCCAGCUCCUGGACUUUGAAAGAACUUUGGGGCUCAACAGCCCGUGUGACAACCGCUCCCCCGCCGAACAGCUCUACUUCACCACUCCAACCAAUCACAACUUGUUUCCACUGAACACUUUGGAGUCUACAUGAAGAGGAUUUUGUCUGGGGGACACCCCCCCAAAGCCUUGAAUCGCUUCUCUUUGAGCAUUUCAAAUCCAUUAAGCGGAAAGUCUUUCCAGCCAGCCUUGAAAGAACUGGUUUCUCCAAGCAGAGCUGUCUGAAUUGCUGCUUUACUGAAAAGGCUUGUGCCAUUUAUUAGUAUUCUGAUGCUAAAUCAAAAUGGGUUCAGAGGAGUUACCUUAUCAGAGUUACUUAAUGUGGGGGAUGGCCUGCCUGGCAUUCUGAACACAGCUGUUACUGGCAAUAGCUGCUUUCCUGGGUGUGUAGAGACUGACAUGAUACACACCGCGCGCACACACAUGCAAACACACACAUACAUGUAUCACACACGCACACGUUAAGAACGACUUGUGUGUGUUUGCUCGGUGUGGAAAGCAAAGGAGACUCAUGCACUUGGCAACCUUGAUCAAUAAGUGUUGGCCUGAGACUGUUGUUUUAAAACCCAGUUUACUUUUUUUUUGUUUUUUU